AUGAUAAGGAAACUAGGACCUGAUAGUGGAAUUACAGAGAAAUCGAGUAUUAAGAAAAAAGGCAAGUUAGAUGAAUUAAAAUGCAUUUUAAAAUCCAUACCAACAACCAUUCAUAUCAUCCUACUCUCUGAAACUUGGAUAGCGUCAGAAGAUCAAGCCUCACAACUACAGAUAGAAAAUUAUAAACAUUACUACAAUUUCAGAACAGACGCUAGGGGAGGUGGAGUAUCGGCUUACGUACAUAAUAAUCUAAAGCACAGACUUAUUGAGUCAACUUACCAAGGUGGGAACAAUUACCUGUGGGUACACAUCGAACAAUGUGCGGUAGAUAUUGGAUUACUUUACAAGCCUGGUGAUACAAACUUUGAACAAUUUAUAAAGGACUAUGACAGCCAACUUCAACAACGUAAAAGAUCGAUAGUAUUUGGGGAUUUUAAUAUCAACCUAUUGGAAAAUAACAAACGACUAACCGAAUAUAAACAAAUAAUACAAGAAUCAGGGCAUAGGCUGCUAAACAAAAUUCAUAAAUCACACUGCACAAGAGACUCUACUACAAAAAAAUCGAUCAUAGAUCACGUAAGCACAAAUUUGAAAACGAAUAAUUUCAACGUUGCUAUUAUUAAUUCAUCGUUUUCAGACCACAAAAACAUAUACGUUCAAUUGAAUAAAUUUAAAACUCCAAAUAAAAUACGAACCACCUAUGAAUCAAUCGAUUACACAAAGUUGUAUCGCUCCUUAGAUUCAACGCAAUUAAUUAACUCAAUAAAGAACUAUACAGAACUUGAAAAUUUAAUAAAACAACAUUUUAUUGACUGUAAAGAAACAAAAACCAAAAUUUUGAACAAUAUACGAGACGAUUGGAUAAACAAGGACAUUAUCGAUGGAAUAAGUCAAAGGAACUUUUUGUGGACGCAAUAUAAAAACAAUCCUAGCAAUGAGUAUAUUAAAACUAAAUUCUAUUCAAAGAGAACUGAAAUAGCUGAAUUGAUACAAAGUACAAAGGACUUAUACUAUUAUAAACUUUUUACAAACAAUACAAAGAAUCCAAAAAAGACCUGGACUUUAGUUAAUAAAUUAUGUAUGAAUAAAACAAAUCAAAGUUGUGCUCCCUCCAAAAUAAAAGUAGAAUCAAAAAUAAUUUCUGAUAUAAAGGAUAUUUGUAACGUUUUUGAUAAAUAUUUCGCAACAAUAGGUUCCCUAUUGGCUAAAAAAAUUCCAACACAAUAUCACAACAUUCUACACCCGAUUCAUACAAUCAAUGAACAUAACAAUCAUGAACUUAAAACAUUUAAACCAUGUAGUUCCAGUGAGAUUGAGAGACUUAUAGGGGAUCUAGAUUCGAAUGCUAGUACUGGUAUAGACAAAAUUAGUACAAAAGCGUUAAAAUGUUUAUGUAGUUCUAUAUCAAAAAGUUUGGCACACUGUUUUAACAAGCUCAUGUCUGAAGGGAUAUUCCCAGACUCAUUAAAGAUUGCAAAAAUAACCCCUAUUCAUAAAUCUGGUUCCUUAUUAGACCCAGAAAAUUAUCGUCCGAUAUCUGUACUACCCGUUCUCUCAAAAAUUUUAGAAAAAUUAAUUCACAACCGCUUGGUUACGUAUUUGGAUUCUUUUGAUUUCAUAUCUGAACGGCAAUACGGUUUUAGAGCUAGAAGCAACACUACCGCUGCAACUGUAGAUCUAGUGACCAAAAUAAGGCAGAACUUAGAUAGAAAGAACAUAGCUUUGGGAGUAUUUAUUGACUUAAAAAAAGCCUUUGAUACCGUCAGUCAUAAACUUUUAUUACAAAAACUUAAAAACAUUGGUGUCAAGAGCGCUGUACUUGAAAUGUUAAAAUCAUACCUAACAAACAGAUUGCAGGUCGUCAAGAUUGGUGACAUCCAAAGCAGUGCUUUACCUGUCACCUGUGGAGUCCCACAGGGCUCUAUUUUGGGACCGCUUCUAUUUUUUAUUUAUGUAAAUGAUAUUGCAACUUUAAAACUAAACGGUCAUCUGACUUUAUAUGCAGAUGACACCUGUUUAUUUUAUUUUGGUAGUAACAUAAAUGAUAUAAUUGCUCAAGCUCAACAAGAUCUAGAUGUUCUACAUAAAUGGUUCAAUCACAAUCUUUUAACUAUUAACGCUUCCAAAACUUGUUACAUUGAAAUGAAAGAUGAGAUCAUGGCAAGAAAACUACGGCUAUGCCCUGACCAUGAUUUCCAACAUGGUCAGAGGAGGAGACAAGUAUUGAAUCAAGGAGAAAGGGAGAACAGUUAG